GAGGCCGCGAGCAAGAUGCCAGUGGCUGUGGGUCCCUACGGACAAUCUCAGCCAAGCUGCUUCAAUCGUGUGAAGAUGGGCUUUGUGAUGGGUUGUGCCAUAGGCAUGGUGGCCGGGGCACUCGUAGGGACCUUUUCCUGUCUCAGGAUGGGAAUGCAAGGUCAGGAGCUGAUGGGCGGCAUUGGGAAAACCAUGAUGCAGAGUGGUGGAACCUUUGGCACAUUCAUGGCCAUUGGGAUGGGCAUCCGAUGGCAGUGGCUGCUCACUACAUCUUCUCAUCAAUCCCAGCCCAUAUGAUAUAAUAAAACAAAUUCUUUGAGU